AUCUGAAGCUGUGAAUUGGUGGCACCGUUCUUCGACCACCGAUGGCGGAUGCGCCGUGCGCCACCGUCGGCCUCCCCCCGAAAUGUUCAGUGAGUCCGCUUUUACUGCCUAGAGCCUCCGCUAAAUUCCCAUCAAAGCUCACCAAGCGAAAAAAUUUCUUACGCCCCAAAAUCCUUAGAACCCUAACUAAACCCUUUCCUUCUUCUCCAACGAACCCAUUGACCCCUGUCGUGUCCCCUGAACGAAAACCAGAAGAUGCUACUGAUUCGGAGCCUGUCUCUGAUCAAAUCCCGGGUGAAAUUGUAGAAGAAGCCAAUGAAGUUGAAGAAUUUCAGGUCUCCGAGAUCUCCGCCGUGGCUGGAGAAAAUAAUGGCAGUUUUGGCAUGUUCUCUGCCAAGUCUGUCCUGAAAUUUGGGUUUUAUUUUAUUGGGGUUUUUAUUCUUCAAACAAUCUUUGCUGCUUUGUUGAUGGGAAAUGCAAAUACAGAGCAGAAAGAUAGUGAUUUGGGCAGUUCUGAGAGGAACAAAAGGAGAGGGAAAUAUGUGUUGGAUAAAAAUGGGAAAUUUGGGUCUAAUUCAAGUAAUGUGAUUUAUUUGGAUGAACCUGAGUUGGAAGGAAAAAUUGAAGAAAUAAGGGCAAUGGCAAGGGAGGCAAGGGAGGCAAGGAAAGCUGAACAAAAGGAAUUGAAAGGUAGCAAUGAGGAAGGUGACAUUGUUGAUGAAGCCUUAAAUUUUAAGGAAAGAGCUGGGAUUCAAAGAGAGAUUGAUGCAAGAUUAGAUAGGUUGGAGAAGAGAUUGAAUUCUAAGAGAGAGAAGUUACCCGGUUCAUACUUGAGUUCUUUGGAUAGACUAAACAAUGGUGAGGAUGCUGAGACAGAAGAGAUGAAUACGAGAUUGAUGGUUAAGAAGAAGUUUAAGUUUAAGGAUCCUGAUAUGAAUUCUGGAAAUAAUGUAAAGGGGUUUCCAGGUUCAGAAGAUGGUAAGAUGUCAAAGUGUAGGAAGAGUGGUAGUAUAGCUAGGAUCACUUCUGGGACUGUUGAAGUGGAUUGGAUUAAGGAAGAAGCAGGCCAAGGCAAAGCUGGAGCAAAAGCAGCAAGUGAAAAUUUGAGUUCCUUACAAAGUGAUGGAGACAAGACUGAGAAAAGAGAGAAGAAAACAGGAGCUGCAGCUAAUAGGUUUGGUACUGUCCAGGAGAGUAGUCAGGGAAGCUCCUCCACCAAAGGUAUGGAUUCAAGAAAAUUAAGUGAUUUAGGGAUCCAGAAUCCAAAGGACUUCACACAGGAGAACCUGGAUGCUGGCAAAAAAUCUGAUAAGCACACUCUUAGGGUUACAAAUGGCCAUGCAAAACAACAGAGGGAAGUUGGUAAGAAACCUCCAGCCAAAAAGUUCGAGGAUAGACCAUCAGACAACAAAAAAGACCUUUGGUGGCUGAAUCUUAGAUAUGUUUUUGCAAUUCUCAUGCGUGGAGUUCUUGAUGGUGAAGAAACUAAAGGACUUUAUACCUUAAGAAGUACUUCUCAAGUGCAGGAUGAGAGCAAAAGUCCCCUCACUGUUGCCUUCGAGGACCGAGGUGAUGCAGAUAAUUUCCGUUAUCUGCUUGAAUCUUUUUUUGAAGAUCUUGGGGAUUUUACUGCUGAUGUUGUUCCUUUGUCGGUAAAGGAACUUCAUGAAGUAGUGGGAGUACAUCCAAAGAAUGUAAUUGUUGUUAAGAAGGGACAACUUAAGCUGUAUGCUGGGCAACCAAUAGCUGAGGUUGAGAAUGCCUUGUACACUUUGGUUGCAGAAAAUCAAGGCACCGCCUAGGUUGUGGAGCAUGGAGCAAACAAAUUUGACAACGGAUGAAUAGAUCAGAAAACCAGCAAAGACAUAACAAAUGCACAUUGCACACCCAAUUUUGUUAAGUGGAGAGCUUUAUUAGCUCUUUGCUAUGGAUUGGCUUGGCAUAGAAAGUUAAAAAAACAUGAGAACAACCACUGAAGAAACCGCAUCCCUCUGCUUCAGGGUAUCCCUGUAUGCUAUGAGAUGGAGCAAGCUUGAAAAGUGCAAUUUUGAUGAAUAAUUGUUAUUGUUUUUGGAUUUGGAUUUUGAACACUAUUGAGAUUUUUUAAUCAACAAUUUUGGCAAUA